CAUGACGUCAGUGCUCUUCAGGUCUGAAAGUCGAAGCUCUAGAAAGAGUCCCGAGUUCCUGAGUUAGAAUUCCGAGUUGAAUGACCGUUCAAAUUGAUUUUUCCCAAUCGGAGCUCGUUUUUUUCCGAGUUCCCAGUUGUUUUGAACGCCCUGAAGUCGUAAUUCCGAUUUUCCCAGUUCUCAGUUGUUUCGAUCGUGGCAUUAGUCUCAGAAAUAUGUCGUCAUAGCACGGACAGCAACAACAAACAUGGAAGAAUAUGCCCGUGAACCUUGGUGAAGUACAUUUCAGACAGACAAUUAAGUAGACAGUUGUCAAUAUUGGUGCUAUCUCUCUUUAGCCAACAUACUUUUCUGCUUUACCAUAAUGUCCCUGGAGAAUAGUAGAUGACUGUGGUGGUGCGUUCACCAUGGGGGCCAUCGGCGGAGGGGUGUUCCAGUCAGUCAAGGGCUUUCAGAAUGCUCCUGUGGGCUUUCGGCACAGACUAAAAGGUAGCGCCAAUGCUGUGAGAUUAAGAGCUACACAGAUCGGCGGUAGCUUUGCUGUUUGGGGUGGACUUUUCUCUACAAUCGACUGUGGCCUGGUCCGUAUUCGAGGGAAAGAGGACCCCUGGAACUCUAUAACUAGUGGGGCGAUGACUGGGGCAGUCCUGGCUGCACGCAGUGGGCCUUUGGCUAUGGUGGGGUCGGCCAUGAUGGGGGGCAUCCUGUUGGCCUUGAUCGAGGGCUUUGGGAUCCUUCUCACCAGAUACACCGCACAGCAGUUUCAGAACCCGAGUCCCUUUGUGGAUGACCCCAGCCAGCUUCCUCCUAAGGAUGCCAGCCAACAGCAGACUGGGUCCCAGUAGGUUCCAUGGAGCUGCCGGGCCUAGCUACAGCCCUGCGUACUGUGACUGACAAUCUCAGACUAGAGAGGAGAGGGGUGCUCUGAAACCUGACCUCACUGGUGUAAGCAACCUCACCCUGAACCAGCCUCCAUCCUACCAACGGUCAUAAGAACAUAGAUGCACUUUAUUAUUAUUAUUCCUCAGGGGUAGAUUACAGGUUAUUUGAAUAUGUUUGUGUAUACUGGUUCACUACUGUUCCUUCUGACUGGUCCUGAAUUAUACCCACCUUUUAUCAGAUUAAUUUAUGCACAAAACCAGCAUUUUGUGGUGACUAAGACUUUUGGUGCUGAAUAACUGCAGUUACAGAAAUAGAAUGGGUAGCUAAACAUGAAUAGGCAUUAAUACAGGUAUGUGCGAGUAUGUAAUGACUGUAUUUAGGAUUAGAAUUGAGUGUCAGGGGUGACAAAAUCAAUGUUGUUCAAAACUGAUGUAAUUGAUUUUGCUUGUAAAAUGUAAUGCACUCAGGGAGGAGAACUGCAGUAUCAUUCCAUUUCCUCUCCUCAUGGCAGCUUUCAUAACCGUGAGGCUUAUUAUAACGGUAGGGAUUCAGGGUCACAUCACAAAAACACUUAUCUUUUGAUUCCAUUUGCAAACUCAGAAGGCAGGAAUGGAAGGCCGUGUCCAUAUGCUCAUGUGUUCUGCUCCGCUGUUUACCUCGCUCCCUUUAUUGCUACUAUGCCAUGCAUUCCCACACAUUUGCAUUCCCACACAUUUCCAAAGCCUAAGCACUAUAAUGUCUAUCCACUUUGUUGAACCAGAGCACUUUCCUACUCCAUCUCUUUAUUUGUUAUUAUGGUCAUAAAACUUGAGAUGGAGAAGGUUCUUGACACAAUUAGAUAUUAUUUUGUCAUUCAAAACAUGUGACAUGUAAUGUAUAGAAUGCUGUACCAUAUUUGUUGAUUUUAAUUUAUUUAUGAUGCAGAAAAAUAAGUGUUAGCAGUGUAAUUGACUGGAAAAAAUAAUUAAAUUGUUGAUUCUG